GAUUAAUCUAAGACAAAUUGAAGGCGUGGCUUGUAAAAAGCGUGGGUGUUAGGCUAAUGUCUCUUCAUAGGAUUUUAAGAACAUUUUUGUCUACCACAAGAAAUUAUUCCGCUGAUGGUGGCAGAAUUAGAAUAUACACACGAACAGGAGACAAAGGUACAUCAAGCAAUUAUGCUGGCCAGAGACUGCCAAAAGAUGAUGCCCUUUUUGAGGCACUAGGAUCCAAUGAUGAGCUCUCAUCAUCUCUAGGACUAGCAAGAGAGUUCUGCGUUCCCCAGAGCACAUUACCCGAUAAAUUACAAGAGAUACAGUGCUUGUUACAAGAUAUUGGAUCACAUCUGGCAACACCGCGUUCAUCAGCCACACCUACUAAACUAGCUCAUACAGAGUUUAGCAUGUCUCAUGUGACAAAGUUAGAGAAAUGGAUUGAUGAGCUAGAUGACCAACUACCUCCACUUACAAACUUCAUUUUACCAUCUGGAGGUAAGGCUAGUUCAUUCCUUCACUUAUCAAGAACCAUCUGUCGCAGGACAGAGAGGAGGGUAGUCCCCUUAUAUCGCGAUGGUCAAGUUGAUGAAGCAGUUUUUAAAUAUUUAAACAGAUUGAGUGAUUUCUUGUUUAAUGCUGCUCGCUUUGAGGCACAAUUAGAGGAAAAAGAAGAAGUUAUUUAUCAAAGAAAGUAAAGAAACUAGCUUGUAGAACUACAAUAUUAUUUCUAAAUCAUUUUGGCUUGUGUGUGUAUUUAAUUUUCCAAAUUUUUCAAAUUUUUGCACAAUUCAACUCUAAAUAAAAUUGAGUCACAUUA